AUGCUGAAGCUUGUGGAUCAGGAGUAUGCCACUCUGGUCCACAACUCAAGCAAAGACCCCAACAACCUGCUGCACCCAACCUCCAAACUACACAUUUCACAAUAUACGUCGGCCAUCGCCGCAGACGUCGGGCCAUCGCCGCAGACGUCGGCCAUCGCCGCAGACGUCAGCCAUCGCCCCAGACGUCAGCCUUCGCCGCAGACGUCAGCCAUCGCCCCAGACGUCGGCCAUCGCCCCAGACGUCGGCCAUCGCCGCAGGCGUCGGACAUCGCCGCAGACGUCGGACAUCGCCGCAGACGUCGGACAUCGCCGCAGACGUCGGACAUCGCCGCAGACGUCGGACAUCGCCGCAGACGUCGGACAUCGCCGCAGACGUCGGACAUCGCCGCAGACGUCGGACAUCGCCGCAGACGUCGGACAUCGCCGCAGACGUCGGACAUCGCCGCAGACGUCGGACAUCGCCGCAGACGUCGGACAUCGCCGCAGACGUCGGACAUCGCCGCAGACGUCGGACAUCGCCGCAGACGUCGGACAUCGCCGCAGACGUCGGACAUCGCCGCAGACGUCGGACAUCGCCGCAGACGUCGGACAUCGCCGCAGACGUCGGACAUCGCCGCAGACGUCAGCCAUCGCCCCAGACGUCAGCCAUCGCCCCAGACGUCAGCCUUCGCCGCAGACGUAAGCCAUCGCCCCAGACGUCAGACAUCGCCGCAGACGUCAGACAUCGCCGCAGACGUCAGCCUUCGCCGCAGACGUCAGCCUUCGCCGCAGACGUCAGACAUCGCCCCAGACGUCAGACAUCGCCGCAGACGUCAGCCUUCGCCGCAGACGUCAGCCAUCGCCCCAGACGUCAGCCAUCGCCCCAGACGUCAGCCAUCGCCGCAGACGUCAGCCAUCGCCCCAGACGUCAGCCAUCGCCGCAGACGUCGGACAUCGCCGCAGACGUCGGACAUCGCCGCAGACGUCGGACAUCGCCGCAGACGUCGGACAUCGCCGCAGACGUCGGACAUCGCCGCAGACGUCGGACAUCGCCGCAGACGUCGGACAUCGCCGCAGACGUCGGACAUCGCCGCAGACGUCGGACAUCGCCGCAGACGUCAGCCAUCGCCCCAGACGUCAGCCAUCGCCCCAGACGUCAGCCAUCGCCCCAGACGUCAGCCAUCGCCCCAGACGUCAGCCAUCGCCCCAGACGUCAGCCAUCGCCCCAGACGUCAGCCAUCGCCCCAGACGUCAGCCAUCGCCCCAGACGUCAGCCAUCGCCCCAGACGUCAGCCAUCGCCGCAGACGUCAGCCAUCGCCCCAGACGUCAGCCAUCGCCCCAGACGUCAGCCAUCGCCCCAGACGUCAGCCAUCGCCCCAGACGUCAGCCAUCGCCCCAGACGUCAGCCAUCGCCGCAGACGUCAGCCUUCACCGCAGACGUCAGCCUUCACCGCAGACGUCAGCCAUCGCCGCAGACGUCGGACAUCGCCGCAGACGUCGGACAUCGCCCCAGACGUCGGACAUUGCCGCAGACGUCGGACAUCGCCCCAGACGUCAGCCAUCGUCAGCCAUCGCCCCAGACUCCGGACAUCACAGCAGACGUCAGCCAUCGCCGCAGACGUCAGACAUCGCCGCAGACGUCAGACAUCGCCGCAGACGUCAGCCUUCACCGCAGACGACAGCCUUCACCGCAGACGUCAGCCAUCGCCGCAGACGUCGGACAUCGCCGCAGACGUCGGACAUCGCCCCAGACGUCGGACAUCGCCGCAGACGUCGGACAUCGCCCCAGACGUCAGCCAUCGUCAGCCAUCGCCCCAGACUCCGGACAUCACAGCAGACGUCAGCCAUCGCCGCAGACGUCAGACAUCGCCGCAGACGUCGGACAUCGCCGCAGACGUCGGACAUCGCCGCAGACGUCGGACAUCGCCGCAGACGUCAGCCAUCGCCCCAGACGUCGGACAUCGCCGCAGACGUCGGACAUCGCCGCAGACGUCGGACAUCGCCGCAGACGUCGGACAUCGCCGCAGACGUCAGCCAUCGCCGCAGACGUCAGCCAUCGCCGCAGACGUCAGCCAUCGCCGCAGACGUCAGCCAUCGCCGCAGACGUCAGACAUCGCCGCAGACGUCAGACAUCGCCGCAGACGUCAGACAUCCCCGCAGACGUCAGACAUCGCCGCAGACGUCAGACAUCGCCGCAGACGUCAGCCAUCGCCCCAGACGUCGGACAUCGCCGCAGACGUCAGACAUCGCCGCAGACGUCAGCCAUCGCCGCAGACGUCAGCCAUCGCCCCAGACGUCGGACAUCGCCGCAGACGUCAGCCAUCGCCGCAGACGUCAGCCAUCGCCGCAGACGUCAGCCAUCGCCGCAGACGUCAGCCAUCGCCCCAGACGUCAGCCAUCGCCCCAGACGUCAGCCAUCGUCAGCCAUCGCCGCAGACGUCAGCCAUCGCCGCAGACGUCAGCCAUCGCCGCAGACUCAUCUCUGGUCCGGCAUACUCUCACCUCGGUCUUCACUCUCACCUCGGUCUUCACUCUCACCUCCGGCUUCACUCUCACCUCUCGGUCUUCACUCUCACCUCCGUCUUCACUCUCACCUCUCGGUCUUCACUCUCACCUUCGUCUUCACUCUCACCUCGGUCUUCACUCUCACCUCGGUCUUCACUCUCACCUCGGUCUUCACUCUCACCUCGGUCUUCACUCUCACCUCCGUCUUCACGCUCACCUCCGUCUUCACUCUCACCUCCGUCUUCACUCUCACCUCGGUCUUCACUCUCACCUCGGUCUUCACUCUCACCUCGGUCUUCACUCUCACCUCGGUCUUCACUCUCACCUCCGGCUUCACUCUCACCUCGGUCUUCACUCUCACCUCGGUCUUCACUCUCACCUCGGUCUUCACUCUCACCUCGGUCUUCACUCUCACCUCCGUCUUCACUCUCACCUCCGUCUUCACUCUCACCUCUCGGUCUUCACCUUGA